AUGGCCGCAGCAGUACAAGCAGUUCUCGCAUCGAUCCAGACUAGCAAUCCAAGCAUUCAGCUUUAUACUACCGAGUCUUCUGAGUAUGACGCUUUACGAAAGUCGUUCAUUCUAACCUCUGCACGCCCCACGGCAAUCGCACGACCUAAGAAUGCGGACGAAGUUGGUGCGCUGGUCAAGGCAUGUAGGGAGAAUCAAGCUGAUUUCACCAUUCGAACCGGCGGCCAUAGUUGCGCCGGUGAAACCUUGAUCGAUAACUCCCUUGUCAUUGACAUGCGUGACAUUGCAUAUGUGGAGGUCAGCGAGGACAAGAAAUCUGCCAAGAUUGGUGGAGGUGUCCAGCUGGGCGGACUCUUGAAGACUCUGGGCGAGCAUGGUCUCGUCACCCCAUGUGGAACGGUCAGUUCAGUCGGUUAUGUCGGAUGGAGUACGCUGGGCGGAUACGGGCCAUUUUUGAGCCUGUAUGGGUUCGGUGCGGAUCAGAUUCUCGGAGCGAAGCUGGUCAGGAAUAACGGUGAAGUCUUUGAGGCAGACGAUGACUUGCUCAAAGGGAUCCGAGGAGCCGGCCCAGUGUUUGGACCGAUUGUUGAAUUGACCAUCAAAGUUUAUCCGCUCAAAGAGAUGCUUUCUGGAACAAUCAUCUUUGACUCUAGCGAUAUGAUUUCGGCCUGGUCAACUUUGAGUCGCGAAGUCCAAAACCUUGCCUUGCCAGGCCCUGGGCAACUCCAGUUUCUCGCCAUGGAAUUUCCCGGUGUUGGUAAAGUAACGGGCAUGCUUUUCACUUGGGUCUCAGACGAUCAUGACGAGGGUCGUAAGUGGUUUGAAAAGAUUGCCAACCUUGCACCCAACGUCAUGAAAAUGGUAGAACCCAAGACGGCUUUGAAAAUGGUCGAGGAUAAUAACAACCUCGUCACAUACGGCGUUUAUGGCCGAUCAUACACGAUCAGCCUUAAGAAGUGGACUCCAGAAGUCGCAGCGGUCCUGGGCAAGCAUAAUUCCACUGUGCCGUAUCCAAGCUGCAUGAUUUGCGUGCACAGUCUGCGUGCGGACAGUGGGUACAAAGAGUCGGUUUUCGCGUCUCGAGAGGCUCAUCAUAUGGUUGAAAUUAUCGCCAUGACUGCUGAUGCGGAUCAAACUGAAAGCGCGCUUGCAUGGGGCCAGCAAGUUCGCCAGGAACUACGGGAGACUGACCAGGCAAAUAUCCUCAGCAGUACAUACAUAUCACUGGAAGGGUUCAAGGAUGCUGAUUUGGGAAAGAUUUACAACGAACAUCUUCCGACCUUGGUCGAUCUGAAGCGGAAGUAUGAUGCUGAUAAUGUUUUCCGAAACGGAGUGCCAAGGGUCAUAUAA